UUUAGUUGAGUCGUAUGAACCUUCUAGAGCUCAAAAUAAUAAUCAGGAGACCACAAGCCUGAGUCCAGUCCCUAUUGUUUCCCAAUACAAUCUCACUUUCCUUCCUGAUGAGGAGAUAUUCCUCCAACUAAAAUAGAGUGGCAGUCCGGCAUUGUGAGAGGAGAUGAGGAGGAGGAGUAGAAGGAGGUGACCAAGGAAAGGGAGGGAAAAGGAGGUGGUACUGCUCUGGUGGCAUUUCUUAACAUGUCCUUUGAGUAUGAGGGCACUUCCAGAUCAUCCACGACGGUGGUCGGCCUGCUAGCAGCUGUUUCUGAUCAUCAGCAAGUCCGUAAUCUGUCGCCCCCUGACACUGAGAGGACAAGGACUGAACUGAAGACUGAAGAGAUAGGAUUAUUUUACACUAGACGUAUCUGAAGAGUCAUUCUGGGGUGAAACACCAGAGGUGAGCAUCUAUAAAGACAUUCAUCUUUCCAUUCUCAAACCCAGAGACUGUGGACAGCUACAAAAACCAACCACAGCGAGCCAUUCAUCAAUUCCAGCUUUAUCUUUGAAAGGAGACGACAUACGUUUUGUCAUACGGCUUAGUAAAGAGUCCAUUUUCACCAUCAGUCUGUGGAAUAUACAGAUGACAAGUGAACAAGAUUCAAUCUGUCUGCAAACAGCCUUGUGCCCACAAUUCGACUUCUGUUAGGACGAUACAACAGGAGCUGCAGUUCAAUCACCUUAUUGAGGUGUCAACAUACCUUCAGCUCUUCAGAAUCCUUAGGACAUCAACAGUCUGACUCCAUUCCAGAUCAUUGAUCUGAACACACACAAUAACCACAGAACCAUAUAUCAACAUAAAGCUUCGGCUGAAGUGUGAAGGCCUCUGAGGCUCGUUGACUGUCAGCCCGCCAAGAAGUUCUGGCAACUAAUCACACAUCCUAAAAGCAGAAGAGACAGAAAGUGUUCUCAGGUAAAGCGGCAGAGCGAUCAAGAACCUGUCAAGCAUCACCACUAAACUGCCAGCUGUUUACCCAUCAGUUGAUAGAGAGACAAACACACACCUGUCGGAUCUUUAUCAGACACCUGUUGGUCCACAACCAUUAAAGGCUCUUCGGACUAGUCAUGGCUGACUGGAGUCUACUCGGGAACUUUCUAGAAGAAGUCCAGGAGCAUUCCACCUCGGUGGGAAAGGUGUGGCUCACCAUUCUUUUCAUCUUCCGGAUCCUGGUCCUGGGCACGGCCGCCGAGUCCUCGUGGGGCGACGAGCAGGAAGACUUCACCUGCGACACGGAGCAGCCCGGCUGUGAGAACGUUUGUUACGAUCGAGCCUUCCCCAUCGCGCAUAUCCGCUUCUGGGUGCUCCAGAUUGUGUUCGUCUCCACACCUUCUCUCAUCUACAUGGGACACGCGAUGCACAUUGUCCGCAGAGAGGAGAAGAGGAGGAAAGAGCAGGAAGAAGAAGGAGCGCAAGGAGACCGAGAUGGAGAGAAGUACCCAGAGGAAGACAAGAACUGUGGGAAGGAGGACGAAGGUGGAGGUGGGAAGGUGCAGUUGAAGGGAGCUUUGCUACAAACAUACGUACUCAGCAUCCUCAUCCGCUCUGUAAUGGAAGUGAUCUUCAUCAUAGUCCAGUACAUGAUUUAUGGAGUCUUCCUCAAUGCGCUCUACGUGUGUAAGGCACUUCCGUGUCCGCAUCCGGUCAACUGCUACAUCUCGAGACCUACGGAGAAGAACGUGUUUAUUGUGUUUAUGCUGGUGGUAGGAGCUGUAUCGCUGCUGCUAAGUAUCGUAGAACUGUAUCAUUUGGCGUGGAAGCAGUUUAAGGGUUGUUUGCAAGGAUACAAGGCUUCCAAACAGCGACCGAAUACACCUUCAACCGUGGCUGCAGUCUCACCAAACCAGUCCACACCCAACCGAGCCUGCACUCCACCUCCCGACUUCAACCAUUGCUUGACAUCUCCACCAUCUUCCCCUACCAUACAGACACACGCACACUCGCUUUUACACCCAACCUGCCCGCCUUUUCACGACCGGCUGGAGCACCAGCAAAACUCGGUGAACAUGGUCACUGAACGCCAUCGAGGUCAAGACUACCUGGGGGUCAACUUCUUGAGCUUCUCGCAUACACCUACAGAGACGCCCAACUCUUGCGUCUCGCCUUCGUUUCUAAGCGGUGAUUAUGUUGAGGACAAGCGAAGGUUUAGUAAGAGCAGCGGGACCAGCAGCCGCAUGAGACCGGACGACCUUGCGGUAUAGCACUGACCGGUCACAUCUGGAAGAGGGUCGUCUAGUGCGACUAGUCAGAAAUCUGCAAUAUGAUUUUGCACUUGACCUAACAUAUUUACUUUAUUGCUGUCUGAUAGACUGAGCCAGAAAAUUCACAGAUGCACAAAUGUGAGUGAGCGAUGCAUAAGGAAAACCAUUCAAUAAAUAUAUUCGUUUACAUGAAAUCAAAAUUUAGAAACUUCUCACACUCUGAAAAUCCUUUUGUCACUUUGCAUUUGGACAAAUGCAUUGGAAACAAAAUCUGCACCACAGUUUCACUGUAAUAAUCUACUAUAAUAUAGUGUUGCACCAUAAUGCACUGAUGACGUUUUUUUCCCUUCUUAUUAUUGGUUUGUAUUUUAUAUUUGCUGAUCUUAGCAGUAUUUAAAUAUUCUGGACAUUUCUUACUUCGUCAAACGUAUUUCUGAAAUGGAAAAUGGACGCUGAGCUAACCAUUUGAAAUGGACGUUUUGCAUUUUGAACACUAACUGUGAAUUCGCAACCCUUUUUGAUUUUGUAAAAAAAAGAAAAUGGAGAGAGGCAAAUGCAAUAGGAAAUAUUAUUGCAAAAAUGAAAACAUCACUGUAAAUCCAGGGACUGUCAUCACAGCCGAGCUCUGAAGAAACAGUUGCAUCUAAUUUGAUUAAAAACAAAUCAGCUGACACUUAAGCAUGAUUUAAACUUAGAGAAUCUGGAGUGAAGAGCUCUUGAACUGAGCCCAACGGUGUAUACUUAGCCUGAAAAUAUGAAAGAAAAAAGGAAUGUAAACCAAUGUUGUGGUUUUACCCUUUGUGGUCAUAUGUUUGUUAAAACAGAUGUGUUUGUUCUUAAUUUUAUGAAUCAGAUUUUUUAAAUGUUAGUUAUGUUUUACAUACUCCAGUAAAGAUAAAAUAAAAAACUAAGAAUCUCAGCAUACAUCUAUACACACACACACACACACACAAACCCCUACCACUUUAAUGUCAAAUCUAACCAAUCAAGUCACUUCUACCACUAGAUGGCGCAAUCACUCUCCACUACAAUACCAUGCUAGCCAGUAGAUCAGAAUGCUCGGUGUAAGUCAUAUGUAAGGUCAUAUGUUGUUGUUAUCCUGACACAAGUGCUUUAUAUUUUGUGCUGGUGGAUAAAUGGGGACCAAAUUAGUGAACUAGUCUCCUUGCAGAUAGAAAGCACUCUUCACCGUCUGUUCAAGAGCAACAUGCUGGAUCAUUAUUGCACCACAGCAAACAUGCAUUUUGAAAGAAUUUGAUAAAAGGCACUGAGGUUGGAAUAGGACUGGUCCCCUUUCAAGAUAAUCCAGCCAUGGUCGAACAAGCAUGAAUUCACUAGAUAAACAAAUGAACAACUAUCAUCAAAGACUGUAAGUGUAACUGAAAAUAUUCAUAACUUAAAGCUGCUAAUAUCUGAAGUGAGAAUAAUACACACUGAGAUAUGCCAUUUUUUUAUGCACUUUGCCUGUAAUUCCGCCAUAUGCAUAAGCAGACUAUAUAGAAUCGGUAAACGUAAUUUUUUACAUUUAAUUAUUUUUUUUAUAAUUUUGAUUUAAAUUACCAAUAAG